AUUCUAUAAAUACGAAGACAGAGAAGAUGAAUUGAAGGUGGAGAAAAGGGAAAGAAAAAGAAGAGAGGAUCAAAUGUUGAUAAAAAGAAUAGAGCUUUGUAUAGAGAUAGUGAAGAUAACAAUGGAUUUUGUAGUGGUGGUGGCUGAAGCCGCCAAAGGCUUUUUGAGACACGCUCCUCAGGCUCCGCCCGCUCUCCUCCGCCAAGGCCCCUACUAUUACUCAGCUACGACCCCUCGCCCUUCCCCUUACAUGAUUGGCUAUCUUCCUUGUUGAGAUUGUAAUUCUUUAUGAUAUUUCUGUAAGUUAAUUACUUGGUUUAAAAAUUUUAAAUGUAAAUUUUAUACUUUUUUGUUUCUUUCAACAUCAUGUAUUAUACGGAUUUAAACCUGGUUGGGGAUGUUGCACCAGCUAUAACACAAACCACAAAGCUACAUAUCGAAGUUAUCUUGUAAAUAUUUUUCUUUUUGUAUAAGUACUUAUCUUGUAAAUUGCUACGUUUUGUAAUGAACCACAUUUCUUAUAUAUUUAACCUCGGUUCCCGAA